CCGGACAGGGCACCAUGGCGCCCCGCGCCGCCCUGCUGCUCACCGCCCUCCUCCUCGUGCUGGCCGCGUCGCGGGGGCAGAAGCGGGGCCGGCGCCCCCCGGCCCCCAGCCCCAUCGAGAAGGUGGCGGCUCAGGAGAGCCUCAGCCUCCCCCAGUUCGCAGGGAAGUGGUUCCUGGUCGGCGUGGCCUCCCGCUGCAGCCACCUGGCCGAGCACAGCCACCGCCUGGAGGCGACCGCAGUGGUGGUGGCCCUCGAGGGGCACAGCGUGGCCAUCAGCACCUUCAGGAAGCUGGAUGGGAUAUGCUGGGAAAUCAAGCAACGCUACCUCCCUGGCAAGACCCAUGGACGUUUUCUCUUAAAGGGCCGUGGCUACAGCAGCAAGGUGGACGUGGUGGUGGGGGAGACAGACUACAGCACUUACGCCAUCCUCUAUUACCAGAAGGGCCGGARCAUCUCUGUCAAGCUCUACGGACGGGCCAGCCGGGUCAGUGAUGCUGUUGCAGAAAAAUUUGAGCAGCACGUCAGGAGUGUGGGCUUGGACGAAGACGUGACCUACUACUUCCCCACAUAUGGGUUUUGCAACUCCGCGGAUGAGUUCCACGUCCUCGAUGAAACAGAGCUGUAGGUGCAGACGGCAUUGCCCACAAGUCCCUGGAGCUCAGCCUGGAUCCCUUCAGAUAUCUGCAGCCCCAUCUGAUGUGAGAUGACGGCUGACCAGGCUUGGGUCAGACACCUCUGCCAGCUCCGCAGUCCUGGCAUGAACCCUGAGGCUCCCAGCUCCUCCAGCUGCAAAGACAACUUGUCAUGUCACCCAACAGCUCU